AUGGCGAUUAGCAUAGGCAGGCGGAACGAACGACGGCCAACGGUAGUGUUGGUGGGGUUGGCGUUGAUCGUCUUCACCGGAGUGACCGUUUCGGCGCAGGAACCCGGUAAAGCCGAGGUGAAAGUGGAAAAGUCAGCUUCAGUCGAUUCUUCAGCCCUGCUCGAGACGGCACUCUGCGCGAUCAAGUCCAACCCGGGCCAGUGCGUACGGCAACAGGCAGCCCGUGUGCUGAGCAACUGGGAAGACAUUCUAAACGCCAAAAAAAUGGAUAUGCUCGUCGAAGCCGAUAAAGAGGUAACAGCACGACAGCAAAGCCGAGGUCUCAGUGAUGCCGAGAUUGCACGCGGUAAACCCUCCACACUGAUGGGGCAGAUCGAAACCGGACUGGGUGUACUCUCGGAGUUCGUUUCCGAAAGUGUCGAUGAAUAUGUCUCCGACAAGGAACAGGGCAAGGAAGAGGAAGCCUCAUCUAAGACGCAUCUGCAUCAUCUGCUGAAGCUAGGUAACGCAGCCGGUAACGCCGGCACGGCCGGUGCUCCCGUCGGUCGGGCGGACUCCGACGACGAGGACUACCGCGAUCAGCUCGCUGCCGUGGAGGAUGGUUUGGUGGAUUAUGCUGGCUUGGCGGGCGGCCCGGAUAAAGCACUUGGUAGAGGCAAGCAAGAGGGUGACCAACUGGAUUAUGGGUUUGGUAGUGGCGAACCUAGUGCUGGUCAUGGAGGUGGGUCUCGUAGCGCCAUUGGCGGCGAUAGGACGGCUACAGGCUAUAGUGCGGUGCAACACCAACAGCAGCAGGACCGUGUCGGUCGGGGAUUGGCGAGCGAUGAGCUGGUAGCCGGGUCGUCGGUGGCCGACGGACGUCGUUUGGUGUCGCCGUCGAAAACCACUGCCCGGCCAACUGCUAUCGCAGCCGUUCGCUUCGAUGACGACGACGACGACGACGUCGGUGAACUGCGGAGACGACGCAAACGCAAGGGCAAGAAGAAGAAGACCUUCAUGAAGCUUUUCAUUCUGGGCGCGGCCCUUAAGGCCAAGAUUGAGCUGUUGCUGAAGAUUUUGUCCUUUAAGCUGCAGCUAAAGUUCUUCGCCGUUGCACUGAUCGGUCUGCUGAUCAACAUCGCACGGUUCUGGAUUGACUUUAAGAAACAACCUUCUCCACAAAAGGUGAUUUAUUACGAACAUGCCCAGCAUCAGCAUCACUACGACGAUCACGGUGAUGGUGACUUCGGUGGCUACUGGAAACGAUCGCUUCACAAUGUCCACGACGAGGAGGCUAACUAUCAAGGUGGACACGAUCGUGCAGAACGUUACGACGAACCGUACCUGUACCGUAACCCCAAGUACAACCCGUCCGCCAACCAUUACGCGCCCCAGCUUGCCGAUCCGCACGCGAUGGCGUACCAGCAGCAGCGGCCAUACUGA